CAGUGCAAAUAUUUUUGACGAUCCGCAAAACCUUUGUGAAUUGAAAUUUCAAAAAAUCACGGGCCCUUUGGCACGAAAAGCUCACAGCAACAUGUGGCAUCUCCGUCCGUUGUUUUCAAUUAAACACUUUUUGUCAACAGAGAGCGCGGCAUAAGUUUUACUAUUGUUUGAUAUUCCGUAUAAAAAUUUUCAUAUAAAAAAGGACCCAACACUGUCGACAAAAGUCUUGUUUUUUUCAUCUCAUCAUCUUUUAUUCGCUGGUCGUCUUACUCUUUUUCUUAUAUACAAAAUGUUCCGUGUUACCUUCCUUUUCGCUGUCGUUUUAGCUGUUCUCGCUGUCGUCUCCCAAGCCGCUAAUAUUGAAGCUCGUGGUAACAAACACCACGGAACUGCUACUUUCUACUCUGUCAAGCACUCUGGUAAGCCCUCUUGUGGUUACAAGGCUGACAACGAUGAUAUGGUUGCUGCUCUCUCUCACAAGCGUAUGCCUAAGCACGGCCACGGUAAGCCUUGUGGUGAAAAGGUCAAGGUUCACUACAAGAAGAAGUCCAUCACCGUCAAGGUUAUCGAUACUUGCGACGGUUGUGGUAGAAAUGAUAUUGAUCUUUCUCCUGCUGCUUUCAAGAAGCUCGACCACAAGAAGAAGGGUGAACUCAAGGUCCAAUGGGAAUUCAAAUAAGAUAUCCAACUGGUUUGAUCAAGCUACCUUAACAUCUUCUGAUCUAUGAUUCUAUUAUUCAACGCUAGCCGUUUUGUAUACAAACUAGCCAAAAACUCUGUACUAUUCAUUAACGCAUUUGUUCAUUUAUUUAUAUUAUUAUUCAUGUACCUUACUAUCGUAAUAAACCGAUCUAGGCAGAGCCCGGAUCAAAUACUUCGUAACUUAGUAAUCGCACUUUGUGUUUGUUUCUACUUGAGCUCUAUCUUUUUGAUCGGAUAUCUCUUUAAAAAACUGCGGAUGUGGUUUCAUACUCACAAAAGCUAUCGGACAAACUGCAGGUAGGUUGAAGAAACCAAACGAGUUGUUGUACUAGAUGGGAAAGACUUGUCUGAGUUAUUUAAUAAAUUUGAAGUCUUAUCGUUGGCGCAAAAC